ACAGCCUGCUCCUUUAGGGGUCUUCGGUGCAGGAUCGCACACAGCGCCACUGUCCCACAGCUCCAAGUCUUAACCGCGGCGUGGAGUUACCAGUUGUAGAUGUUUUAAUAUUGUGAGAUCGGUGAGGAAACGCCUGCCCUGAGGCAUGUGGCCAGUAGCUGUACGGGUGAAAUCUCUCUGCAGUAAGGACCGUCAAGAUGCUCCACAAUAAGCAGGUCAGAGUCCUGAUCCUCAAUGACAUGGAGAAGCUGGAACGAGCUUUGUUUCGACUUGACCAAGGCUUUGAGCUCCAGUUCCGCCUGGGUGCAACUCUACAGGGGAAGAAUGUAACGGUUUAUACCAACUACCCAGUUCAGGGAGAGAUAUUUGACCGGCACAAGUUCCAAGCUCUAACAUGGGUCAACCCCACGGGAAAGGAGGAUGAUUCUGAUAAGUUUUGUGCGCUUGAUCUCCAGAUUGCCGGGUCAUAUCAAUAUUAUUUUGGCUAUGGGAAUGAAGAAAAAAAUGGCGGUGGCUACAUUGUGGUCAACCCUGUCCUGCGUGUGGGAGUUGAUAAUCACAUCCUCCCUCUGGACUGCAUCGCUAUUCAGACCUACCUGGCCAAGUGUCUUGGGCCCCUGGAUGAGUGGCUGGACAGGCUGCGUGUGGCCAAGGAAUCUGGAUACAACAUGAUCCAUUUCACACCCCUGCAAACACUGGGCCUGUCCCGAUCCUGCUAUUCUCUGGCUGACCAGCUAGAGCUAAAUCCGGACUUCUCUCCCUCGAGGAAGAAGUACACAUGGACCGAGGUUGGAAACUUGGUGGAGAAGCUAAAGAAAGAGUGGGAAAUGCUGUGCAUCACUGAUGUGGUCUACAAUCACACCGCGGCCAACAGUAAGUGGAUUCGGGAGCAUCCGGAGUGUGGUUACAACCUGGUCAACUCUCCUCACCUGAAGCCUGCCUGGGUGCUGGACCGGGCCAUCUGGCACCUGACCUGUGACCUGGCUGAAGACAAAUAUGUUGACAGGGGUCUUCCUGCGCUCAUACAGAGUGAUCGGCACUUGAAUGCCAUCAGAAGUGUCCUUUGGCAGGAUGUUUUUCCCAGGAUCAAACUGUGGGAGUUCUUUCAGGUCGAUGUGGAGAAAGCUGUAGCCCAAUUUCGGACUCUUCUUCAGAGCGGCAGCAAAGUAGAUAAAAGUAAAUUGAAAGGCAAACAGCUGAGGAUCAUCCAAGACCCUAAUUACAGGCGCUAUGGGAACACAGUGGACAUGAACUCAGCUCUAGCACUUUUUAUUCCACAUGGAAACAGCCCUUCUGCUGUUGAGGAAUGUUGCAACUGGUUUCGAAACAGACUUCAGGAAAUAAAUGAAGAACGGUACAAGGACAUGCAAUAUCAUCAGGAACAGGCUGCAAACUGCAUUGUGGGAAAUGUAGUUUAUGAACGGCUUGCUGACCAUGGUCCCAAGCUGGGUCCUGUUACAAAGAAACAUCCUUUGGUAACAAGGUAUUUCACGUUCCCUUUUAAUGAGACCACCCUGGAGCAGGAGCUACAGCUGAUGCACCAACCGGACAAAGCGUGCCACUUCCUGGCACACAAUGGCUGGGUGAUGGCCGACGACCCCCUGAGGAACUUCGCAGAACCAGGGUCCAAUGUCUAUCUGAGGAGAGAACUGAUAUGCUGGGGUGACAGUGUGAAGCUACGCUAUGGCAACAAGCCGGAGGACUGCCCCUACCUCUGGGCUCACAUGAAGAAGUACACGGAGAUCACGGCUAAGCACUUCAGUGGCAUGCGACUGGACAACUGUCACUCCACCCCACUCCACGUGGCAGAGGAAAUGUUGGCUGCGGCCAGGGCAGUCAGACCCAAUCUGUAUGUGAUAGCCGAGCUCUUUACGGGCAGCGAGCUGAUUGACAAUGUCUUUGUAAACCGACUGGGGAUAACCAGUCUUAUCCGAGAGGCCAUGAGUGCCGGUGACAGCCAUGAGGAGGGACGGCUAGUGUACCGCUUUGGGGGAGAGCCUGUUGGAGCCUUUGUCCAGCCUAGCCUUCGACCACUGGUGCCUGGUAUUGCUCAUGCCAUGUUUCUGGACGUCACCCAUGACAAUGAGUGCCCCAUUCAGCUGCGCUCAGCGUACGACUCCUUGCCCAGCUCUGCCAUUGUUUCUAUGGCUUGCUGUGCCACUGGAAGCACCAGGGGUUAUGAUGAGUUUGUCCCACACCAGAUCUCCGUGGUUACUGAGGAGCGCCUUUACUCCAAGUGGAACCCCCAGGCCACACCCGCGGUGGCAGGGGAGGUCAACCUACAGAGUGGGAUCAUCGCUGGGAAGCUCGCGCUGAACCGGUUGCACCAGGAACUGGCAGCCAAGGGCUUCAUCCAGGUGUACGUAGACCAGGUGGAUGAGGACAUUGUUGCCGUCACUCGGCAUUGUCCUAGCACGCAUCAGUCGGUGGUGGCUGUGUGUCGCACUGCGUUCCGGAACCCCAAGACCUCCCACUACAGUGACGAUGUGCCACCCAUGUUUAUCCCAGGUAAAAUUGAGGAGAUUGUGCUGGAGGCCAGGACUGUUGAAAGGCCUGCUGGGCGUUACAAAAAGAACGAGAAGAGCAUUAAUGGCUUGCCAGAAUACACAGUGGAGAUUAAAGAGCACAUCCAGCUAAAUGAGAGCAAGAUCGUAAAGCAGGCCAAGGUGACGUCAAAGGGCCGCAGCGAGUUUGUGCAGGAGAUUGCAUUUGAGCACCUGACGCCAGGCAGCGUGAUCGUGUUCAGGGUGAGCCUCGACCCGAAAGCCCAGGAAAUAGUGGCUGCGCUGCGAAACCUCCUGAUUCAGUUCAGCCGUCACUACGAGUCAGGAAGCGCCGCAGAUGAUGAAGCAGCAGCCAUACUCAGGAUGCCACUGACGUCGAUUAUGUCCAAGCUGACACUGGCAGACAUGAACGUGCUGCUGUUCCGCUGCGAUGCUGAGGAGCAGGAGGAUGGUGGCGGAUGCUACAGCAUUCCGUCCUGGAUGGCCUUGAAAUAUGGUGGCCUUCAAGGUUUCAUGUCAGUACUGGCAGACGUACGUCCGAAAAAUGAUUUGGGCCAUCCUUUCUGUGACAACCUGAGGCAAGGGGACUGGAUGAUUGACUAUGUGAGCAACCGUUUGGUCUCCCGUGGAGGUGUGCUGGCAGAGGUUGGCAAGUGGUUUCAAGCCAUGUUCAGCUACCUAAAGCAUAUCCCUCGCUAUCUGAUCCCAUGCUAUUUUGAUGCUAUCCUCGUCGGCGUUUACACCACUGCUUUGGAUGUGACUUUCAAGAAAAUGUCAAGUUUUGUGCAGAAUGGGUCCACCUUUGUGAAGCUGCUGGCCCUGGGCUCCGUGCAGAUGUGUGGGGUGGGCCGCUUCCCAGCGCUGCCACCGCUUUCCCCUGCCCUGAAGGAUGUACCAUACCGCCCGAACAAUGUCACCAAGGAGAAGGAACAGUGCUGCGUCUCACUAGCGGCAGGCCUGCCUCAUUUUUCGUCCGGGAUCUUCCGCUGCUGGGGGCGAGAUACCUUCAUUGCUUUGCGUGGCCUGAUGCUCGUGGUUGGCCGGCACCUGGAGGCAAGGAACAUCAUACUGGCGUUUGCUGGAACCCUCCGCCAUGGUCUGAUUCCCAACUUGCUAGGUCAGGGCAUCUGCGCGCGGUUCAACUGCCGCGAUGCCGUGUGGUGGUGGCUUCAGUGCAUCCAGGACUACUGCACCAUUGUGCCAAGUGGCACAGACAUUCUCACAUGUCCUGUGUCCCGCAUGUACCCUACGGAUGACUCCUCGCCCCAACCUGCCGGGGUGAUGGAUCAGCCUCUGCAUGAUUUCAUUCAAGAGGCCAUGCAGCGUCACAUGCAAGGAAUCGAGUUCAGAGAGCGUAACGCUGGUCCCCAGAUAGACCAGAACAUGAGGGAUGAAGGCUUCAAUAUCCAGGCUAAAGUUAACCCUGACACAGGCUUUGUUUACGGUGGAAAUCGUUUCAACUGUGGGACGUGGAUGGACAAAAUGGGAGAGAGCGACAGGGCCCGCAAUAAAGGAAUGCCAGCUACACCGAGGGAUGGCUCUGCAGUGGAGAUUGUAGGCCUCAGCAAGUCUGCUGUCCGCUGGCUAGCGGAACUCCACAAGCAAGGGCUGUACCCCUAUGCUGGGGUGACCAUCCACAGGGACGGCACACAGCUGAGUGUGACAUAUGAGGACUGGGACAGAAAGAUCCAGGACAACUUUGAGAAGAUGUUCUAUGUGUCCCAUGACCCCAUGGACCCGAAUGAGAAGCAUGCAGACCUGGUGCACAAGAGGGGGAUUUACAAGGACAGCUUUGGGGCUUCCAGCCCCUGGUGCGACUACCAGCUUAGGCCCAACUUCCCCAUCACCAUGGUGGUGGCCCCUGAGCUCUUCACUGUGGAGAAGGCGUGGGAGGCUCUGGAGAUUGUGGAGAAGAAGCUGCUAGGGCCCCUCGGUAUGAAAACUCUGGACCCUGAUGACAUGGUGUACUGCGGUGACUAUGACAAUGCCCUGGACAAUGACAACUACAAUGUUGCCCGGGGUUUCAACUACCACCAAGGGCCUGAAUGGCUUUGGCCAGUCGGUUACUUUCUGCGUGCCAAGCUUUAUUUUGCCCGGAAGAUGGGGAAGGACACCUAUGAUAAGACUGUCUACUUGGUGAAGAAUGUCCUGUCUCGACAUUAUGUACACCUGGAGAGAUCUCCCUGGAAAGGUUUGCCGGAAUUGACCAAUGCGAAUGGGCAGCACUGUCCAUUCAGCUGUGAAUCCCAGGCGUGGUCAAUUGCCUCUCUUCUGGAGGUCCUGCAUGACUUGUAACGCUUCACUUCUAUCAGAGCCUCACUUCCUUCGCUGCCCAAGUCUUCACCAUGCCUUUCCAGUCAAGUGAAUGUCAGACCUUACUGAGUCCCUCACUUCUGCACUUUGUGCGUUUUACGCAAGUAGGAAAUUCCGGUGUUAAUACAACUGUAGUCUAUAGCACUGGUAAACGCCACCAUGCUCAAUGUUAAUCCUGGGUUAAUCUUCAGUGUCAGUAUUAACGGGAUGUGUCACAUGUUACCCACUGUCGCAUGUUAGAAAUCCUCACAGUGAACCACACGUUACUAUAACCUAUUUUAUUUUCUUUAUGUGUUUGUCCAGCUUGCUUUCAUUUGUGAUCGAUCAUUGAUUUCAGCAAUUCUGGUGCUAGGAAGAUGCCUUUCGUAGUAUCACAUUUCACAGGUUUGUAGAUAACCUAUAAAAGUACUAAAUGUUGCAUUA